UUACCUGAUCAGCAUCAGGGAAAGGUGGUAGUGGAGGAGGCAAGGACGAGACGGAGAGGGAGGGAACAAGGGAGGGAAGGAGGCUGAGAACUUAGCAGGAAAGAAGCAUAAAGCCAGUGAGUGGAGGAGAUCGAAGGAAGGAGAGUGGAGGAAAUCAGAGAGAAGGAGAGAGGAGGAAAUAUAAUGGGGGGAGGAGGGGGAGGAAGAGAGUGAACCACAAAAAAGAGAGGGAGGGAUAAAGAAAAAAUAAACCAAGGGCGGGCAGUAGAGAGAAUGAUGAGGAAGUGACAGGAGCGAACCUGCUGUGGAGGAGGAAAAGAGAGAGCGAGAAAGCUUGAUGGCAGCAACAAGUGCAGCUGGCUUGCACUGAAAGGAAAAACCCAUCUGGUCUGGCCAUCAUUGUGGGACUGAGUUUGCGCUUUCCUUCAAGAUGAUGAAGAGACAGUUCAACCGGAUGCGGCAGCAGCUCAGUCAUCCCAGCCUCAGUGGACGAGCUCAGGAAACAGCUGAAUACUUGACUGAAGAUUUGCUGCAGAUUGAACAGAGAAUUGAACCAGCCAAACGUGCUGCACACAAUGUACACAAGAGGCUUGUGGCUUGCCUUCAGGGCCAAUGUGGGGCAGACAUAGAUAAACGUGUGAAAAAGCUGCCCUUGAUGGCACUGUCCAUGGCCAUGGCUGAGAGCUUCAGGGAACUAGACACUGAUUCCAGUCUUGGGAAAGCUCUAGAAAUGAGCUGCUUCAUUCAGAGCAUGCUAGCUAGGAUCCUUGCUGAAUUCGAAAUGACCCUUGAGCGAGAUGUCCUACAACCCCUGAAUAAAUUGAGUGAGGAGGAGCUGCCCACCAUUCUGAAACACAAAAAGACUCUUCAGAAACUUAUUCAGGAUUGGAACACCAUCAAGAGCCGCCUGAACCAAGCUUCCAAGAAUUCUGGUAACAGCAUCGGUGCUAGCGCUGGCCCAGCAGCAUCCUCAGCUGCCACCAAACUGGAGAAUCUGAAGGAGGAGGAAGAAGAGAUGAGGAGGAGGGUUGAGCAGAGCAAGGAUGAAUAUAUGGCAGACCUCUAUCACUUUUCCACCAAGGAGGACAGCUAUGCUAAAUACUUUAUCAAAUUGCUGGAAAUUCAAGCAGAAUAUCACCGGAAGUCCCUGGGAUCUCUGGACGCUACCUUGGCAGAGCUGAAGGAGACUCAUAGCCAGCCAGAAUCUCCAUUCCCAACAGACACAUCUGUGCCAGGGGUGUAUGGGAUGCCUCUAGAGACUCAUCUGAAGACUUCUGAGCGGGAGAUUGCACUCCCCAUUGAAGCUUGUGUCAUGAUGCUGCUGACAUCAGGGAUGCAGGAAGAGGGACUCUUCCGGUUGGCAGCUGGGGCUUCUGUGCUGAAGAGGCUGAAGUAUAGUCUUGCCUGCAACUCAGGCACUCUGGAGGAAUUCUCUGGGGACCCUCAUGCUGUGGCAGGUGCACUGAAAUGUUACCUACGAGAGCUACCCCAGCCUCUGAUGACCUUUGAACUCUACGAAGAUUGGCUCAAAGCUGCCAGUGUCAAAGAACCAGAGAGUCGGCUGGAGCACCUCCAGGACGCUUGCAACCGCCUCCCCAAGGACAACUACAACAAUUUGAGGUAUCUGAUCCGGUUUUUAGCCAAGCUGGCUGAACAACAAGAAGUGAAUAAAAUGACUCCUAGCAACAUUGCCAUUGUCCUUGGGCCCAACCUGUUGUGGCCUCAACAGACUGAAGGGUCCCAGAUACAACUAGACAUGGCCUCUGUAUCCUCUAUCCAAGUUGUGGGAGUUGUGGAGCCCCUAAUACAAAAUGCGGAGAUCCUCUUCCCAGGAGAUAUUGACUUCAACAUCUCUGGACUGUUCACUCCCUCAUCAGACAGCAAAAAUCAUGAAGUCCCAGCAACAGAAGAGACCACAUUACCAUUUUGCCCAGUUGAACCUUCUUCACCAUCACCUGGGGAAAGGAAAAAUCCAGAGGUGAUCCCAGGAACCGUCUCCUCAAAGGUGUCCCAAACUUCUGCUGAAACAGCAGCUUCCUUGCCAGCCCCAGUUCCUGCCGAUGAUGCCUCACGGAAAUCCAAGCGGGUUGCCCCACCCCGGCCCACAGUGCCCCCACCCCUAGUGCAGCCUCGAAGCCCACCUCCUGUGCAUCUUCAAACCUUGCCGCCUGCCCCAGAGUCUCCUUCCAUUCCUAAAGCCAUGCCUCGAAGAGCAGUAGGAGCAUCUGUGCGGACUCCCUCUGUGCCACCGCCACUUCCACCCCAGCCAGCCAGGCGUCAGAAAAGCAAUGCACCACCGUCUCCAAAGCUUCCUUCAGCAAAUGAGAGCAACGAGGCAGCUGCAGCUGAAGAGUCUCCAACAGAUGACUGCAGUGAGAAAGUGUCCAAAGAUUCCACUCCUCUGGCAACAGAGCCCACUGAGCCAUCCUCUGAGAGAGCAGACAGCUCUCCGUCUGCACCCAAUCAGAAGGCUGAGAUUCUGGAGAAUGACUCCCUUGGUUCCCUCUGGCCCCUCCCCUUGCGCUUUUCUCCUGUCCGUCAAGACUGCGGCAGCUCCCUGAUUGGCUGCGCUGAGGGCCAGGUGAGGCGGUGUGGGCUGGUGAGUUGCGGGCCCAGCAUGGCGGGCUGCAGGCGGCUGAGCGGCUCCGGCCUGCGGGAGGUGCUGGGCGAGGCGCACGGGGUCCUCUUCGACUGCGACGGGGUCCUGUGGACCGGGGAGCGCGCGGUGCCCGGCGCGCCAGAGCUGCUGGAGCGGCUGAGCCGGAGCGGGAAGGCCGCCCUCUUCGUCUCCAACAACAGCCGCCGCUCCGUGGCCGAGCUGGAGGGGCGCUUCUCCCGACUGGGCUUCCGCGGCGUCCGCGGCGAGCAGGUCUUCAGCUCCGCGCUCUGCUCCGCCCUCUUCCUCCGCCAGCGCCUCCUGGGUGGCGAAGCCGGCGCUGGCGACUCGCUCCCGGGCCGCGUCUUCGUGCUGGGCGGCGAAGGGCUGCGCGGGGAGCUGCGGAAUGCUGGGCUGCGCCUGGUCGGAGAGGAGGACGGAGGAGGAAGUGAAGAGCCUCCUGGCCCGGAGAGGCCCCCGGUGCGCGCCGUCCUUGUCGGCUACGACGACCAGUUCACCUUCGCCAAGCUCUCAGAGGCCUGCGCCUACUUGCGCGACCCGCAGUGCCUGCUGGUGGCCACCGACCCCGACCCCUGGCAUCCGCUGAGCGACGGACAGCGCACCCCAGGAACAGGGAGUCUCACUGCUGCAGUUGAAACGGCGUCUGGGCGCAAGGCGAUGGUAAUUGGGAAGCCAAACACGUACAUGUUUGAGUGCAUUGUUGAGCGUUAUGGUGUGGAUCCAUCCCGCAUGCUCAUGGUGGGUGACCGACUGGAGACAGACAUCCUGUUUGGCAAGAACUGCGGCCUUGACACAGUCUUGACCCUGACAGGCGUCUCGCGCCUAGAGGAGGCACAGGCUUACAUGGCCAGCAGCAGCCCUGCUGCAAAGGACCUGGUUCCUCACUACUAUGUGGACAGUAUUGCAGACUUGAUACCAGGCUUGGAUGAGUAAGGGGAGGGAUGCGAGUGGGGAAGAGGGUCCAAGUCCCAUUCCAGAUUGCCACCCUUCCCUACUCCCGUGUCCCUUUCUCGGAUUCCAGGCUCAUCACAUUCCAGUGUCUCCCCAUUCAUUCUUUGAGCUCUUUCAAUUUUCAUUUUAGGCAGCUGUAGGGGAAUAGGAAGUCUUAUGUGAAAAUGUGGGGUAUUUGCAGGCCAAACCAGUAUUUAUUUAUUUAUUUAUUCCCACCUAUUGGCAUGAUGUAAUUACUUCUAUUUAUUUUUUUGAAUUUGUGUUCGACUAUAGCCACUGGCGGCCUUUUUACUGUUGUCCUCUGCUUUAUUUUGUAGCACAGUGAUGUGCUCUUUCUGGGAUUUGCUGUUCCCAAGCUUUAAUGAGGCAACAUUUGUACCAGUGCUGUCGUCCCCCGUCCCCCCCGCCCUUCUCCCACUACUGCCAUUCCAUGCUAGUGUUGGGGUUCUUGCCUCAGAACUCUUAAGCAUCAAAAGGGGAAUAUUGGAGAGCCAGUUCAGAAGUAUCAUUGUGCCUCUGCAGAAUGGCUCUUAAGAGCGUUCCUGUGGAUACAUAUGCAAGCAGAACCUUAUCAGAACAGUACAGCUUGCCCCAGACUGAUGUGCAUUGAGGCUAAUUUUUGGAUGAAUUUUCUCCACAGCAUGAUCUCGAAGCAAGCUGCAUGUUUGACCCAUUCUGACAUUACUGUGUUUGGUAUAUGCAUCCACAGGCAUUACUCCAAAGUGCUGUGUUGUGCAAGGGGGGUGGGAAUUAACUGACUCAGUCAGAAGGAACUUGCUGAUAAAUCUGCAAAACUUAUUUACUGUGAAUAACAUAUGGAGGAAUGUUUGUUUCUGUCCUCUUGAGAGUUUUCUCAGGUUACAGAACUUAUAUCAAUCCAGUUUAAUUUUGAUAUAUUUGUGGAGGGCUGCUCUCUUCAUGCUAUGAUAUUCUGAAUUGGCUGUCACUACUUCUUGGUAAUCUUCCAGUGAUAACAGCCUCCAAACAUUCUGGCCUACACAGGGGCAAGAAUGUAACAUGUGUGGGGUUUCUCCCUUUCUCUUUUGGCUGGGUGGACCAAUGAAACACUUCAGUAAAACUAUUUAGCUCCUGUCUGUGCCUGAUAGGAUUCACCAUUGUCCAUGGUGAGGGAUGAACCUUCGUCUGCCCUGCUGUGGUGUCCUAGAUUUGUGGGAUAAUGUUGGCAUUUCCAGUGCUGUCAAGUGUGCCACAGCAUCCCGACGCAAUCCUUGCUGCUUGUAUUUUUAUGGUUUACGAUGUAUUUAUUAAAGUGUUUGUAUAAAUUAUGCUGAUCAGUUGUGCCAAAGUGGGUAUGUAGCCUCUGGGCCCACUCACUACCUGUACCUCCAUGUUGUGGUUCUCUGCGUUCACUGUCAUUCUGCAUAUAAUAAAGUGCAGGCACAAGA